AUCAUUAAAUGGUUAGGCAAACGGGACGUGUAUAAAGACCUGGUUGACGUCCUCCCUAUCCUCAACCCAAAGUCUGGAUGUCAAGGAGCAGGAACUUGCACUCGCCGCAGGUCCCCUUUCUCUGGUCAUCUCUCUCUCGCUUCCUCUCCGAGGUCCCUGAGGCAGCUGUCCUAUACGACACCUCCUCCAUCACACCCACACUCGUUCUUCACAUUCGCUUGAUCCCCCCUCCCGCCCCCGAGCUCGCACUGAAAACCGUUGCCGAGCAAUGCGCGGUCUCACUCGCUUCGCCCUCGUGGGCUUAGGCUCGAGCCUGGUCCAGGCUGUGCCGCACGCCCCCAGCUAUGGCGGCAAGACUGUGACGGUGACGGUGACGCCCGACUGUCCCACGCCUUCCCUGGCCACCGUGACGGUCUACCCGUCCAUGUGCUACACCGGGUCGACCACGGCCACCAGCUCGAGCUCGACUUCGAGGGUGCCGACUGGCCCGUGGAGCUCCAGCUCGGUGCCCACCACCACUUCAACCCCUGGCACCACCACUUACACCUCGAGCACGGAGCCGUGGUCGACGACUAGCCACGCGAGCACUUCGCCGACCCUCACCACCACCAGCGGCAACAUCACCUGGACCUACCCCACCUCCUCUGGCUCUUCCAGCUCCGGGACCCUGACCUCCUCCUCCACCAGCCACUCUUCGCUGACGACCAACACGCCCAUCACCUCGUCUGGCAGUACCACGGACUCGUCGACCUCGUUCACUUCCAGCACGAUCCCCUUCUCGCCGUCCUCGUCCUCCACUGGGACCCCGUCCACCGAGAGCUCGUCCACAUACACCAGCACCAAGAGGACCACUGUGACCACCACCGGAACCGUCACGUCGUCGAGCAUCCCGCUGACGACGUACAGCCCGACCGUCGUCACCAGCUCCAGCACGUCGUCCAAGUGGACAAACACAACUUCACACUCGACCGGCAGCACCACUAGCACGGGCAGCUCGUCCACUGAAAGCUCGUCCACCGGCAGCACCACGCUCCCCCCGCCCACGUCGAGCUCAGCCACAACUAGCAGCACUGGUAGCAGCAGCAGCUGGCCAACCACCUGGGACACCAACUGGCCCACCACCACUUGGCCGCCGCUCACCACGUCCACCUCGACAGGCAGCUCCAGCUCCAGCACCGGCACGAGCAGCACCACCGAGUCGUGCACCGGCUACGGCUGCACGACCGCCUCCUCGUCGUCCACCGGGUCCACCUCGACCACCGAGUCGUCCAGCACACUCCCCACGUCGCCGUCGAGCUCCACCGGCACGCUGACGUCCUCGAGCACGGGGACCUCGUCGACCGGGACCACGACGGGCAGCACGACCGAGCGGACCACCACCACCCUGACCCGCACCACCGUCACCUCGACGAGCAAGACGACCUCGUCGGCGCCCAGCAGCAGCAGCUCGUCAACCUACGAGACCAGCAGCACCAUCCCCACGAGCGGCUCCACCAGCUCCUCCAGCUCGACCGCGACCAACACGCAGACGACGACGUCGGGCACCAGCAGCGUCCCCACCACUUCCUCCCCGACCACCUGGUACCCGUCAACGACCACGACUGGGAGCAUCGUGACGUCGUCGCGGUGCAGCAAGUCGCGCAACAUCACAUCCAGCAGCGGCACCCUGACCUCGUCCACGCUGACGAGCCUGACGACGAGCUCGGGCACCACGACCGAGUCGUCCUCGACGCUCCCGACUUCGGGCAGCACGAGCGGCAGCAGCAGCAGCAGCAGCAGCAGCAGCACCGGUACGGUCCCUUCGACCACCGCCACCGUCCCGCCGACCAGCGGCUCGAGCAGCAGCACCGGCAGCAGCAGCACGGGGACUGUGCCGUCGACCAGCGGUACCAACACUGUGCCUUCCACCAGCAGCACCGCCACCGUGCCCUCCUCCUCCUCCUCCUCCACCGCCACCACCAGCUCCAAGACUUGGGAGUCGUCGUACAGCUACAGCUCGUCGACGCCUCCGACCACGACGCCCAGCACCUUUGUGACUUCGUCGCGGAGCAGCACCCUCCCCUGGUCCACCGACAGCAGCAGCAGCAGCGUCGCCGCCACCACCACCACCACCUCCUUCACGCCCGGCACCACGAGCCACACCACGUACACGACCUUCACGCCCACGACCUUCACUCCGACCACCGGGACGCCCACGACGUCGACUUCGACGCCGCCGACGAGCACGCCGUGGGGAUACGGCGACGGCGGCUACGGCGGCUGGUGGGGCGAGAAGGCGCGCCGCAAGAACACGGGCAAGGGCAGGUUCUGGUAGGGGGAAGUAGGAGAGGUAAGCACCACCUAAAACAUGUGGUGGCUGUGUCACGAGAACGGGCCGACUAAGGGCAGUAGCGGUUUCGCGUCUUUUUGGUGCGGGUCGGGCCUGGAAUACGAGGUGUGUGUUGUACGAUUCUCGAUUCUCUGGUGGCCGGAUUGGGGAGGUCGAGAAGGAACAAGACCGUUACGAUUUUGUUUGGUCGCACUGCUCUUUUUGGGGCUUGUCUUCUUUUUCUCUAACACCUUUUUUUUUUCUUCUUCUUCUUCGGACGCUUCGUUCGCCAUUAUUUCUCGACGGGUUUUCGGCAUGUUUGUGCCGGGCAAUUCGCCGCUUUCUUGUCGCUCCCUUAAUUUUCCAUUUCUCCACCAUCAAAAAACCCUCCAUGAACCAAACACCAGAUCUUCCUCUUUCUUGUUGGACGUUAGAUAGGGACUUAAUGAAGCAUGUUGGCUGAAAUCGCGCAAUUCGAUAGGUGAGAAUGAUUGAGGAAUCUGUUGCACAAAUUUGUCUGGCCGUGUCCAGAAGCCAUAUGAAAAAAAAACGAAAAAAAAAAAACAGCCAGUUUUUGUACUUUUAUCGGCCGCUUGGAACCCAUCUCGCAUCUUCCUGGUGGAUCUGCGCCCAAGCCGGGGACCUGAUUGGCGGCGUCG